UAGGCUUGGUUUAAUUUUAAACAUGUCUACCUGCAGUAGAGAGGUGGCCUGUCUGCAGGAGGAGCUGGAGAGAUGCAAGGCUGAUAAAGACUUCGUUUGGUCUUUAUGGAAGCAGCUCCAGAAACAAUCUCCAGACAUCUCAGAGGCCAUCAGUCUUGUAGUGACUAGAGAAAAAGCAAAGAGGGACCUAGAGCUACAGCAACUGGUUUAUAUCAAGCAAGAAGAGAUUAACCUUCUUCAGAAAGAGGUAGACAAACAGUUAGAGAAGAUUAAAGUUUUAGAAAGUCAAAUAUUGAAUGACAAGGAGCAGGCGGAAAGUAUUGAGAGACAAGAGAGUGUUCUAAUUAAAGAGCAGUCGGCAAAACUACAAGAAGCACUGGAAGAGAUUAAUAGACUUAACUUGAAAAUUAAAGAAAUUGAAAAACAAAAUAAACAGGUGACGUCAGACAAGGAAGUAAUUAGAAAAUUAAAAAAGAAUAAUGAAGAAUUAAUUAAUGAAAGAAAAGAACUAUUAUUAAAAAUAAAGUGUCUUGAUGAAACUGUGAAAUGUUUGGAGGACAGACUAAAGCAAUUUAAAAAACAAGAGAGGGAAGUUAGUGCUAAAAUGUCCUCGUUACAAGUUGAAUUUGACGAAGAGGUUAAGACACUGAAAUCAAAUGUUGACAUUGCAGUAGCUGAAAAGAAUAAUUAUCGACAGAUAGCAUCAGAUGUAACUAAACAACUGAAAUCAACACAAAGAGAACUUGAAGAUACUAAACACUUACUGUCAAUGACAGAGUCUCAUUUCCAUGACAACCAAGUGAAUGGUUCCUUCUCCACAGUGUCUCCUGAUGUAUUGGACCAGCUCCUAAACUACCAGAAACUGCUAGAAAGAACCGAGAGAGAACUGUUUGAAGCAAGAACUGAACUGAACACAAAAAAGGAGGAGCUUGUGGUGUUGAGGGACUCUCACGACAAGAGGCUGACGAGGAUGAAGUCGUUGAAUGAAUCUCACGGUCUCUUACUUCAACAAAUUAAAACUUAUGAGUCAAGUCAGUCAGAACUGACGAAUCAAGAGCCGAUAUUAUUGAAUAAGGGGCGGAGCCCAGUUAAAGAAAGCCGCACCCUCCAGCACGAGAAUACGACUGAGCUAUGGUCCCAGUUGGUGACCUAUCGGAGCAGGUGUGAGGAACUGGAACGAAUUAAACUGGACCAGGAGGAAGAGAUAGACUGUCUCAAGGCAACCUGCUCAAGAAAUAAGACAAUCAUUAAUGAACUGAAGUUAUUCCUUGAAGAAAAGCAAUACAUUAUAAGUCAAAGAGAUACUGCAUUGCAUCAGUUGAGGAGAGUGGCCUCCUGCAGCUCACUGGAGAGAGAGAAGGAAGAGGAAAUUAGAAACAAAUUAAGAAAUGAAAUCAUAUUGCUGAAAGAAGAAAACAGGUUGCUUAGGAAUGAUUGUUAUAAAAAUGAGGAAAUGAUUCAUUCGCUUCAACUGACUAUUAAUGAUCUCCGAGCCACGCCUCCACCCCCUCCCACUCACACCCUAAACAAAUCAACCAACACUGAGCAGAUAUCAGUUACUAAUUCCUGUGUUCAAGUCAACCUCAUCCCCAGGAACCAUGACCAGGAAACACCAAGACUAGCCUAUCGCCGCUCAUUCUCAGCCCACGCACUAAUAGACCAACAAACUCAUUCCCAUACUGCCCUGUCUCAUUCUCAUACCGCCCAGUCUCCUUCCCAUACUGCUCACAGGCGGAGAUAUUCAGAAGGUGAUAUAUUGGCCAGUUAUCACUUACUGUCACGAGCUAUUGAUAAGCUAUCUCAGUCUAUACAUGCCCCGUCCAUUCCAGCCCCACCUACUGCCCCACCCCCUAUUGUCCGUCAGUCUGUACCCAAUCAAUCAACUCACAUGCUCUCGGCCGAUAAAAAGCAUUCAAAGACAAACUGUUCCAGUUCCUGCUCCUCCAACUCAAGCUCCACCCACAAGUGUAAGUGGCACCAUCAACUGAAGGUUGCACAUCAAAGGAUCAAGAGCCUAACCCAACAGGUUGCUGUUCUUACUGAUGUGAGAGCAGCUGCUGUCAAAUCACUUGAAGAGGCAGAGACUGAGAGAGAAAGGUGCGAGUGUCAAAUAAAACCAUUACAAGACAAAGUCGCAUCACAAAAAGGAAUUAUACAAUCGUUAAAAGAAGACAUGAAGCUAUUAGAGAACUCAUACCAUGAGCUCCAGGGACGCUGCAGUGGCCUAGAGACUGUUGUUAGUGUGGGAGAUAAGAGAGGAACAACAGAAGAAGAUAUUAAACAAUUUAGAACUGAAAAGAAAUUAUUAAACGAGAGGUGCAGUACACUCAGUGAUCAGUUAAAGGUCCUUCAAACUGAACUAUCAUUAAUUGAGAAGGAAAGAGAGAGUCUUCAGGAAAGGUGUUGUUAUAUGGAGAGAGACCUUAAGAACAAGAGGCAGUACAUGAACGAACUAAAGAAGAAGAUAUCUUACCUUGAGAGUAAGAGCAGCACUGAUGAUGAGAAAAUAAGUCAUCUCUCGGAUCAUGUGAUUACUCUCCAGCAAUCAGUGGAGCAGUAUAAGCACAGGAUAACGUCAAUGAAGACACAGUCAGAAUUCAAUUUAAAAGAAAAAGAAAAAUUAAAAGAUUCAUUGACUCAAGCUAAAGAAGAGCUGAAAGCUUCUAAGCUACAGUUGAGGGCACUGCAAGAAGAGUCUCAGCGGAAAUUGUCCAUUUAUAAAGAAAAUGAGGAGAAGAAAGACAGACACAGGAAGACAGAAUAUGAACUGAUUAUCAAUGAACUGGAGGAAACUAUAAAAGAAUCAAGAACCAUUAUUAAUCAUUAUCAACAGUUCAUUAAAGAUCUUGCUAAAGAAGUGUCUGAAUUGCACAGACAAGAGAAGUUGUUUCAAGAAAGAGGAGGAGGGGGAGGGAGUAAGAGUGAUGACAAGGUGUCGGAGAGAGCAAGAAAGAUUGCUAAAGAUGCAUUUAAUCUCUCUGAAACUGAAGUUGAUCAAUUCAUGAGCAGCCAAGGGGAUGAAGGAGCUGAUUUAACCCUGAUAAAAAGUGUUACUAAAUUCAUAGAUCAGAAAGGAGCCAAUAUGUCCAGUCAGCAGUUACUGACUGAUUUCAUGAGCAGUAUAUCACUUCUCAACUCUCGUCAGAAUCAAGAACAAUGACACUCUCCUCUUAAUAAUUAAUUUUAACAUUAAUUUUUUAGUCCAA